AUGUCCGUGGGCUUUGGAGACCUCCCCGCCACCACCUAUGCGGACUGGUGCCGCUCCGACGAAUACCACAACUCCUUCUUGAUCCCUCGCGACGAAGCCGUCGAGGCCGCGAUGAAGAACAGUGCCGCGUCUGGCUUGCUCGAUAUCGAGGUCAGCAGGUCCCAUGGCAAGUUUUUGCACCUCCUCGCGAGGACGAUCAAUGCGAAACGCGUUCUGGAGGUCGGGACGCUCGGCGGGUUUUCUGCGACUUGUUUCGCGAGAGCGGUGCCCGAAGACGGCCAAGUCGUCACUUGCGAGCUGGAGCCCAAGCACGCCAAGGUCGCUGAAGAGAACCUGAAACUCGCCGGCGUUGACUCCAAGGUCAAGAUCUUAGUCGGACCCGCCAGAGACACCCUUCCGGCUCUGCAGCCCGACGAGCCCUUCGACAUGGCGUUCAUCGACGCCGACAAGGUCAACAACGUCUACUACUUCAUCGAGGCGAAGCGAAUGGUCAGGAAGGGAGGCAUCAUCAUCGUCGACAAUGUCGUUCGUAACGGCACCGUCAGUAUCCCAACGAACGUGGAGGAACCAAACUUGGGAGUCAGGAAGUUGCUCGCGUAUUUGAAGGAGGACAAGGAGGUGGAGGCGACGACGGUGGGGACGGCGGGUCAAAAAGGGUACGACGGUUUCCUAUAUGCUCUGAAGCUCUGAGUGAGCAGAGAAGCACGGGUAACGUACGACAAGCGGCCCAUAUUCGGC